UACUUCCUUCAGCUCUGAUGCUCACUCGCUGUCCGUUGGGCAUGGAUGGUCAUCAUCUCUAUCCCUACGAUGCGGGCAAAUAUGUUCGCUGUGUUGCAGGAGGAGAGCUCUCUAUCUUGAAUUGUGGAGAGAACAUGGCUUAUAGCUUCGUCCAACGCGCUUGCCGUCCAAGUAGACUAGUGACUCGCUCCGAAAGGGUUAAGUUCUUUUCAGAGCUCACUCUUCAGGGAGGCAGCUAUAGCUAUACAGAUAGUCAGGCAUUCCAAUCUGCAUUGAAAUCUUGUCCAGUUAACCUUCGUGGUAACUACGCCUAUCCCUUCCAUGCGGGUCACUAUGUGCUGUGUCAGAAUGGUUUGCUGCAGGUGGAGUCCUGUCCAGCGGGGUCUGUCUAUAGUCUGUCUACAAGGAGGUGCUCGACUCGCCAGCAGCUCUCCUCCCACGAUUUCCUGGACUAUGGUUACUUAAACGUUCAACUCUCUACUAACUUUAUGCAAGACCUCACAACAGUUACAUGUCCUGCAAAUGCUCAGGGCUACUAUCUUCAUCCCUUUGACUGUACUAAGUACUUAAGUUGCCGGGACCAACAGACGUCCAUAGAAAGCUGCGAAAGGGGCGAGGUGUUCAGCAUCUCUCGGAGACUUUGUGUGGCCAGGGACCAAUUGGUGGCUGCUUAUGAUCGAGUGGAGUAUCUAACAGAGACGCAGCAUGAGUUCUACCAAGACAAUCGAGAGUCGAAGGCCUAUGUGCAGCCCAGCUAUGGAAAUGCUGACCAAUUUGGCAGUGAGUCGGGCAUUAAGACAACUAUUACGAGCGGUGGCAAUCGCUGGAGUAAUAUGAAUAUGGAACGUCCAGCUGGCAUUGGCUAUGGCCAGCCACAAUCGAAUGGAUGGUCGGGCCAGGGCAGCUUCUAUCAACAGCAGGCGCCUUCGCAGAGCGUGCUCUAUGUGGAGGGUUCACUGCUGCCGAAUCGUAAUUAUCCACCAACUACUCCAAAUACAAUCUUUAAAGCACCACUUGCGCCCAUGUCGCCUAGCGCAGGCGAUGUGGUGGCAGCUGUUCCAUCGACACGACAGAAUUUUAGUCGCUCGCAGAGGCCACACCGACCUUACAGUCCUACUCUACCUGGACAGCAGCCUCUAGAUCUCGACUAUGAAUCAGAUCCAUUGGGUGAAAGGCCUCGAUAUCAGCUGCCUAGUGAAACACGUCGCGAUCACUUCCGUCCUCCCCAACCCGGUCUACCCAUUAAUCAUAGUUCCACUCCUCAUGGUCAUGAUCAGUCCCCCAGCUUUACUUCAAUCCAUUCACAACCAAAUGCAAUUCCGGGUCAGCGACCUUUAGACCUAGACUACGAGCCAGAUAGAAAGCCUAGUUUUCCUGCUCCUCGUGAUCAACUGCCCAGUGAAUCGCACCGCGAACAUUACCCUGCUGCUAAUCCUUCCUACCCCUCCAAUCAUGGCCAGCCCCAUCCGGUGGCUGAUGAAUCAAAUUUGUUCGGUGGUCUGCAACCGCCUACACCUCCACCUCAGGGCCCUGGGCUUACGCCAAUUUAUUCACGACCAAGUCCUUCACCCGGACAACGACCCUUAGACCUUGGCUAUAACCCAAUACAGAGACAGCCUUCCACUGGCUUUGAUCCAAGUCAUAAGCAUCCAAUCUCGCCUGCUCCGGUCUUACCAGGACAGCGACCACUAGACCUAGACUAUAAUCCAGAUUCUGAUUCGGAUACUCAAACAACUCUUGACCAGCCUUAUCCCACUUACCGUGAAGCUCUACCUCAAUCUACAGCAGCUGUGCCUGCCAACCACAGUCCCACUUAUCGUGGUCAGCCCCAGCCUGUGGCUGAUGAAUCGAAUCUGUAUGGUGGCUUGCAGCCACCCACACGACCUACUUUACCAGAGUCCACAACGAUUCCUACCACCAGCACAACUCAAUCGAAUUUGCGCACGUUUCCCAUUUACCCACCUGUGUUCAAUGCCACACCUGCACUUCAUCCACACUAUAGUCCGCCCUAUGCAGGUGUUGCGCACUCACAUAAUACCUCCUGGCAGAAGGUGCCAGCGCGUGGACGAGUGCCUGAUCCCUUCAAUGAUCAGGAUGAGUAUGAUGAGGCAGAUUUUGGUGAAACGACGAGUAGCACCACUGAGCGAAGUGCUUUGAGGCCACCUCCGUUCAACCACAAUUUUUACAAUCCAACACAGAGUGCCGUAUCUGAGCCGUCCUCCAGGGAUGCUCUUAACGAAGCGUUGCGCUUGAUGCUGCGUCCCUAUUUCAAUCAUAGUGGGACUGCCAAAGAAGCAUCAGUCGAACGCGCUGAAGCGGCUAUUGUCUCAGCUAUAAGCAGACCACUGACUAGCACCACGACCCAAAGAACUACCCUUGAGGUUAGCCGGACGCCCGACGAUGACGUUGAACUGAUUGUGGCUGGCGAGCAGUCGAGCCUGGACAUUGACCCUGACGAUGACUCUGUUGUUCCAGAUGCUGUUGAAACGACGCGCACUGAACAGACCCUAAAUCCCACCACCUACUCAUCCGGCUACGACACCACUGACUUUCAACGUGGCACACGACGAGUGGACGUCGACAGCAGCACGAAUUCAAACUUAACACCACAAACAAAUUCCAACAAUUGGCACAGUCUUGAAUUUCAUCGACGUCAUCCAAAUCUGCCUGAUCCUUUCGAGAAACCGCAACACAAUCAUCACCACCCACACCACCUGCAUCACGGUCCUCAGCACCACCACCACAGCCCUUCCUUCCAUGCCCGGCAUCCCGAUCUUCCCAAUCCUUUUAACCCCACUAACGAGGAGCAACCGAAAGAGGAACCUAAGCCUACUCCAAGAGCACAACCUGAUCCUGAGCCUAAUCAGGAUGUUGAUCCUGACUCGGAGUUUGAGGAAGGAGACUUUUUGCCUAAUCCGAAUGCAGAAGCAACAACGCCACAUACACCUGAGAUAAUUUUCCGCAACGGAUUCGAUGAACCCUGCGAGUUUGACUGCGGUGGGGGCAAGUGUGCAAAACAAUCGCAGAUCUGCGAUGGAGUCAAUAACUGUGGGAAUCGAAAGGAUGAAAGCCAGUGCGAUCAUCUAGGCUAUCAGGUGCGAUUGACAGGUGGCGAGAGUCCUCACAUGGGACGCAUAGAAGUUAAAGUUAAUGGUCAAUGGGGUUACGUUUGCGAUGAUAAAUUUGGUCUACCCGAUGCGGAUGUCGUUUGCCGGGAGUUGGGCUUCAAGAUGGGCGCCUUGGAAGUGCGUGGCAAUUCAUAUUACGAGCCCACUGAGCGUAACUUCAACUAUGUGAUGGAUAAACUCGAGUGUCGGGGCAAUGAAACGAAGUUGAAGGAUUGCGAUUUUAUGGGCUGGGGCGUGCACAACUGUGCCGUUGACGAGGUGGUGGGCGUGGUCUGCAAAGUACCUGUGCUAAAGUGUCCCAAUAAUUUGUGGCUAUGCCAGGCCUCCAAGGAGUGCAUACCACCUGCCUUUGUCUGUGAUAAUACGGUGGAUUGUGCGGACAAGUCGGACGAGAGUGACGCAGUUUGCAAGGCACCCAUUGAGUACCGUUUGGAGGGUGGACGCAGCUCACUUGAAGGUCGCCUGGAAGUCAAGUACCACGGCGUCUGGGGCAGCGUUUGCGAUGAUGAUUUCAAUUUGAAGACCGCGCAGGUGGCAUGUAACAGUCUAGGCUACUAUGGACCAGCUAAAAUCGAGAAGAACAUUUUCGGUCCAGGCAGCGGACCCAUCUGGCUCGAUCAAGUGAUGUGCCUCGGCAACGAGACGAGCAUUGAUUUAUGUCGUCAUUGGAAUUGGGGCGAACACAACUGCAAUCAUACGGAGGAUGUGAGUCUGCGUUGUACGGUGGGACCGCCGCCGAGACAGGCACGUCAACGCACCCGUCUGCAAGCCUUAAGUAAGGAUAAAAAAGGCGGUCAGGCCAGCAACAUUAGCCUGUCCGAUAUUGGUCUCUGGGAGAGAUCGAGCAAGGCGUUGCGCACGCCCCGACGCUGCGGCAUCUUCAAGGACGAUCUCUUCGAUGAGUUCUUACAUCCGGAGCAGCGUGUGGUGCAAGGCAAUGUGGCGCGUCGGGGUCGUCAUCCGUGGCAGGCGACGAUACGGACACGUGGACGUGGCGGCAUCUCCAGCCACUGGUGUGGUGCAGUGGUCAUCUCUAAGAGGCAUCUGCUAACGGCCGCCCAUUGCGUCUACGGACAUCCGAAGGGCGCGUACUUUGUGCGCGUGGGCGAUCACUAUGCCAACAUAGCGGAGCACUCAGAGGUGGACUCGUUCAUAGAGACUUGGUAUACGCAUGAACAGUUCCGCCAACCCACCCACAUGAACAACGACAUUGCUGUGGUGGUGCUGAAGACACCACUGAAAUUCAACGACUACGUGCAGCCCAUCUGCUUGCCGGAGCUUGGUGCUCCUUUGCUUGAGAAUCGAACCUGCACCAUCUCCGGCUGGGGCUCCAUCAAGUCAGGCGUAUCCACUCCUUCCCAAGAAUUGAGAGCUGCGCAACUGCCCAUCCUGGCAGAUACGACGUGCAAACAAAUGAAUGUCUAUGGCGAUGCCAUGACUGAGGGAAUGUUCUGCGCCGGCUCCAUGGAUGCAAGUGUCGAUGCCUGCGAGGGUGACUCUGGCGGUCCGCUUGUCUGCUCCGAUGAGGAUGGCGAGACACUGUAUGGCAUCAUAUCGUGGGGACAGCAUUGCGGCUAUCAGAAUCGUCCCGGAGUCUACGUGCGCGUUUGUCACUAUGUCGAUUGGAUCUACGAGAAGAUCAACCAAAGUUUGCGGCGAUUCUAAUAGCAGUGUCGCCACACCCAUUUUCCAAAGAAAAAAGUGAACAGUUUUUAGUACAGCACCUAAAAGUCGGCAGUGGAAAUGAUCGUACGAAGGGGUCGACACGGCACACACGUAGGCUAAGCACACAUAAUCAAUGCUAAUAAAACGCACAACAAUAACAAGAACAAGAAGAAGAACAACAAUAAAGAUGCU